GCCCUUUAGUACGGCCGUGUGUGUCUCUUGUGGGAUAUAGAUACACACGCUUUGCUGACCAAAUGACUUAUGUUCCUAUAAUAUACUGCCUAAUUAUUACAGCAAGCUGCCUAGACUUAACGAGCUAAAAGUAUGCUGCACGAGAACAGAACCAAGGCUGCACACAGGUGGCCUGCAUCAUGCAAAGGAGGACAUGUUCCUCUGUGGAAUGCAGUAAGCAAGGACGGAGGACACCAAGACCUGGCACAGUCACAAUCCAUCAAAAGCAACAGCCCACUUUGUAGAGACAGAUGUUCGUGUGUGAUAUGUAACUGCCCUUGUUAAACUUCAAUAAAAGACAGGCAAAAGAGGAAGAGAGUCAGAGCUCACUGGUGAGAAGCAGACUGCGGAGUCUGCUUACGGAGUGAUGCUCUCCUUCUAUAGAAGCCUAUUGUAUUAAUACAUAUUUGUGUUUGUGAAGUUAUUACUAUCUAUUGCAGUGAAGAAGUCCUCACCUGGGAGUGCACCUUGGAAGCACGACAAUUGGGGGCCCGUCCGGGAUAAAAACAAAAAGAGGAUUCUUCAAAUUGGUUGGAAAAGUUCGGUCCAAGGGUGAAAGGUUGCGUUGAACAUCUGGCGCCAUAAAUAAGGUAAGCAGACCAUUAUUCUGCAUUGACUAUUCUAAAUCAAGGGUGUUCAACGUCUUAGUAACCCACAGACCGCUAAAAUUAAUUAAUUAAAUACAUAGUGACAACUUCCAUUUUUAUAAAGGUACAGGAAAUAUGGUAUGGUUUAUGGAACAAAUAUGAGGAAAUAUUUGUGAAAGUCUGAGUUUGGCAACUCCACCCGUGUCCUGACGAGGAGCGGUUUUGGCUGGGUUGAAACACCCGAGAAUUGAGACAUCUUAAAAACAAAAAGGUUAAGUUAAGGUUAAUAAGGGUAAGUCCUCCAUAGUAGAGGUAAGUCCCAGGUAAUUGUAGGGGUAAGUCCUCCAUAGUAGAGGUAAGUCCCCCGGGGUAAGUCCUCCAUAGUAGAGGUAAGUCCCCUGGGGUAAGUCCUCCACAGUAGAGGUAAGUCCCAAAAGGAGUUGAAGUCUCCUAGGUAUGACUGGUGAACGAUUGUAUUAUUGAACCAUUUCACACUAUUUAGGUGAUAUGACAAAAUAAUCCAAUGUUCACAUGACUUGUUGGUUUUGGUGUCAGACAAUUGAGCUAGUUUGAUUGUCCAAAGGCUGAGAACCAGGGUAUAGCGAGCCAUAGAUCUCAGCUGGCCAAAAUCAUAGGGAAACUUGAUUUUGGUGUCAAAUAGGAAUAUUACUUUCCUGUUUAAGGGUUGAGAACCAGGGACAUAGUGUCCCAUAAAUCUCAACUGGCCACAAUCAAGGUUUUAAAAAAAAAAAAAAAAAUGAAAUGAAAAAUUGACUCAUCCAAAUUAAGGGUAAUGCAUGAAUGACCAAUGUGUAUGAAUGCUAAAUAGAAGCAAUUGAAGCAGCAGCACUGCCUGAAACCUGACGGUGUUAACAUAAAGCAGUGGACUGUUGAAGUAAAUUGUGGAUAUUUAGAUCGAGGGAUUUCUGUGUGGCAAUUUAGAAGUAUUGAGUGUGUGGCAGUUUUGGAUAAAUAUUUCUGGCAAAAUUAAUAAGCAUAUUCUGGCAAUCUCAUAAAGACCAGUGUUACUAGUUAAGGAAAUGGACGGAGAAUUUGAUAGAGAAAUAGAUGACGGGGGUUGGGGAAUUAAAGGACCAUAUAAGCCAGUUGGGGAGCAGUUAGAAGUAAUGGAAAAAGCAGUGAAAGCGGCCUAUGGGACAGGGAAGGAGGCAGAGGAUAUGAUGAUACAAAUGAGGAAAGAUGUUAAUCAGAUACUGACCGAUCAGGGGGAAAUUGCUAAAUGCACAGAUCCACUGUUGGCAGCAUUUUGGAGACAGGAAAAGAGAGCAGGUCAGGAUCAGGAAGAAGCACAGAAAGAUGUGAAAACAGGCAGUUGGCUAAAAAAGGGAGAAGCCAAGGAUAGGAGAGAUAAAGCAAGUCAAGAUAGGAAGAAGUGGGCACUAUGGGCGCUAUUUUGGCAGGGAGUGAGGCAUCUAAUGGUUGAUAAUACAGGUCAUACACAACCACAUAAACCUCCAUCGUACUCACCACCUCAGCCCACUACAGGGUUGUACUCAGUGUUUGAUGUUAAGGAAGGAGCAGUGGAAGUUACAGGGCUUGGCAGAUGUGUCCCCUCAGCCCCGUUUGCGGGUCAGGACCAAACCCACAGGGGGAAGAUUAGGCAACCAACUGAUGAGUGGCAAUUACAGAGACUCAUGGCUUUAACUGCAGGGCCCCCCACUCCUGACCUUUUCCCCAUUCCUGAUUGGAUCCCAGUCCCUCCACACACACAACCACAAUCCUAUGCCCAACCCCCACCCUAUAGGCGGGGUCCUCCCCAAUGGCAACAAAAUAGUGGGAGGGGAUAUGGGAGAGGAGGAGGGAGACCAGGGAGGGGGCGGGGCGGCCCGCCCCGAGGGGGAACUCCAGGGGCCUGCUUUGCCUGUGGUCAGAUGGGACACUGGUCUAGGGAGUGUCCGCUAAAUGGGGGUCAGUCACCAAGGGGGAAGGGGUUACCAGCAAAGGGGUCCAUACCAGCCACCGCAGGGACCACCGACAGGUCCACCCCAAGCGCAACUGCAGAUGGCUGAAUGGAACUGGACUGGCUGGGAACCAGGCCAGCAGUUGCCACAAUGACACUCCCCAGCAGAGCAACAGGACCCAGGGACCACGGCAGAUCCCAUGGUGUCCAUGAGAGUAGAAGGAACUGUUCAGCCCUUCUUAGUUGACACAGGAGCUACUUGCUCAACAAUCAGACAUUGUCCAUCACAACACAUUUCACCAAGUCACAUUACGGUGAUGGGUUUCUCUGGGGAAAAGCAAAAACUGCCAAUAACAAAACCACUGCAUACAGCUAUAGGGAACCAAUGCGUCCUCCAUCCAUAUGUUGUUUCUCCCACGGUUCCUAUGAACCUCCUUGGCAGAGAUCUCCUCAUAAAACUGGGCGUGUCUAUCCUGUGUUGUGCUGAUGGAAUAUUACUGACUUUCCCUGACGGCCGUCAAAUGACCUGUUCUGAAGGAAACCAGGGCCACGGACAAUACAUCCUUUCCCCCACCUCUGACUCCUACGCUGACAUUUACUGGGCUAUGUUGUC